GCCCGGCUGGGGCAGGCAGCCAGCUGGGCUCUCUCACCGCCCCUUGAGCGCAACCCUGAGCGCCCUCGUCCGCGCCCAGGAGCGCCAGCCAAUGCGCCCGGGACUCGGCUGUUGCUCCUCCGCCAGGGCGUGCGUGAUUGGCAGCCCCCAGCCUCAGCCCGGGCGCGCCCGCCCAGCGGAGACCCAGUCCAGCCCCCGGCAGCUCCGGGACGGCCGCGUCCUCCUCUCCGCCCGGCGGGUGCCCGGCGCGGGGUCUGGGUCCGGCGGCGCCUUCGCCGCAGGCGCCCCGGGGCAGCGAGGUUGGAGGCGGGCGCGGUCGGCGCUUUCCUCGCUCGGCCGGGCCAUGAAGGUCGAGUUUGCGCCGCUCAACAUCCCGCUGGCGCGGCGGCUGCAGACGGCGGCGGUGCUGCAAUGGGUCCUGUCUUUCCUGCUGCUGGCACAGGUGUGCAUUGGACUCAUCGUGGUGCUGAUCAUAUACAACUACUGGUUCCUCUACGUCCCUUAUUUGACGUGGCUUUACUUUGACUGGCAUACCCCAGAGCAAGGAGGCAGGAGAUCCAAUUGGGUGAGAAGCUGGACUGUUUGGAGGUACUUUAAGGACUAUUUUCCAAUUCAUCUCAUCAAAACCUGUGAUUUGGAUCCAAGUCACAACUACAUAUUUGGGUUUCACCCCCACGGAGUGCUGGUUACUGGAGCCUUUGGAAAUUUUUGUACGAAUUACUCAAACUUCAAAGAGCUGUUUCCUGGCCUUACUGCGUAUCUUCAUGUGCUCCCAUUUUGGUUCCGGUGCCCUCUCUUCCGAGAAUAUCUGAUGAGUAGUGGGCCAGUCUCAGUUUCCAAGAAAAGUGUUUCCCAUGUGCUAAGCAAGGAGGGAGGUGGAAACAUUUCAGUCAUUGUCCUUGGGGGUGCAGAAGAAUCACUGGAUGCCCACCCUGGGAAAUUCACCCUGUUCAUCCGCCAGCGGAAAGGAUUUGUUAAAAUUGCUUUGACCCACGGCGCCUAUUUGGUCCCUGUGUUUUCUUUUGGUGAAAAUGAACUGUUUAAACAAGUUAACAACCCUGAAGGCUCCUGGCUUCGAACUGUGCAGGAGAAACUGCGGGACGUCAUGGGGUUUGCUCUGCCCCUCUUCCACGCCAGAGGAGUUUUUCAGUACAAUUUUGGCCUAAUGCCCUAUAGGAAACCUAUCCACACUGUCGCUAUGUAUUCAGUGGUUCCCGAAGCUGCUCCUUCCUCAUCUGAGUUGGCCACCCAAUCCCCGUUCAUCAGAGUCUGCGCCCAACCCCGGAGCAGAUCGAGGAGUUGCAUCAGACCUACAUGGAAGAGCUGAGGAAAUUAUUUGAUGAACACAAAGGGAAGUAUGGUAUCGCAGAGCAUGAAACUCUCAUUUUUAGGUAACUGUAUUCGUAGAACAUCCUGUUGAGAGAAUAAAUAUUUUAAAUAAGGAUAUUUUUUUCUUUGAUGAUGGAAUCAAAUUUGUGACUGACAAGUUUAUUUAUGGUGGCAGAUGUUAAUGUAUAUCUGUGGUAAAUAAAAAUCCACAGCGGGUGACUGUAGGAUAAGGUUGGAGAUAAUUAUAAAAGGUAUUUAGUAUUCCUCCUUUAGGAAGGUGAAAUCAUUUUACAGGCUAAGAAAAGGCUUAGCAUUAUUUAUCUGCUCAAAAAAAAAAAUGACAGCUUCCAAAAAUGGUUAGACCCUUUUAGUAAAUACCAGAAUAAUUUAAGGUGGUGUUUCCGCUAAGUAUGACAGCUGUUGUUUAGCGCAUCUGGAACAUUUAGGCAACAGUGUAUAAAAUAAUUUGCCAUAUAGAGCUAGAAGAAAUAAUUUAUAUUUAUUUCUGCCUGAACAGACCAUUUAUUAGUGAAUAAUGUUGCUUUUAAAAUAGAUAAUUUGAUCCUUCGGGUCAUGUCAGCUGACACAUUUUUUUAUACAGUAAUGCAGGAUUUUUAUGCAGUUUUCGAAAUAGGAUGAAUCUGCCAUAUGGAAACCCAUGUGAAUAAGAGUGUGCCUCAUUUCUAUUCAUGCUUUAAAAUAUUCGUCCUUGUCAUUUGCUUAGAAAUGUGUUCAUUUGCUAUAGACAAGGAGGUCUUUUAGAGAUGUGUUUUUCCAUGUUUUAGGACAUGGAAAUUCCAAAAGGUUUUCAUGGCCAUAGAAAUGGUUUUAAUUUUCUUCCCAAAUGGCUCUUCAAGUAAGACGAACUAUGAAAGAAAGCACCCUUCCCAGCGAGAUGUGUCCAGGUCACAGUUGAGUGGACUUGUCUGAGUCUCCUGUGAACCAGAGUGUCAGGUCUUUGAGAGGACUUGUCUCUCCUGUUCACUGAUGUCUCCCUGGGUCAGCUCAUGACACUUAGUAGGUACAAAACCAGUACGUGUUUAAACAAUGUAUUUAUAGAUGCAUGUACAAACAAACUUUGCCGUAAGUUGGAGAUUUUUUUAAGCUACCCCAUAGGAUGACACUUAUUAAUAAGAGGAGAUACACUUUGAGAAGGAAAUUAUUUGUUAUGCCUGAUGUCCUGUGACAUAAUGGACAAAACUGCAGGUUCCUUUGUAUGGAGCAAGUCAGAAGGACAUCUCUGAUCAUUAGUCCCUGAGCAUUAAGGGAUUAUUCAGUAAGUAAGUAUGUAAGAAGAGUGUCUCGUGUCCACAUGAUCUUCAUCACUAGAGGCUGUGUGUGUACUCCUCCACUCCAGGUAUUUGGGGGCAACCUCACUGUGACGCUCUACCUUAAGCGUAGUCUGUCUUCACGCCUCUGAUUUUUUUGCAACAUCAAGCUCUUGGAUUGGCUUCAGCAAUAGCCAAACAAAAUCAUGCUGGGGGAUGCCUUGAUAGGAAAGCAUUUCACACAUGAAAAAGUGAGCCUUAGUUUUUCUGUCUAAGUUUUUUUGCCCAGCAUCCCUUUGGUGUCACACUGAUCGAGCAAUCUGGGAGUCCAUUGACCCAUACCUUGCAAUCAGAUCAACUACCUCACUGAUGCAGAUUACCAAAGUUUGUGAUGAUUAUGGACACAGGUUUUGGGUGUAUUCCCUCUGUCUUCUUUUCCUCUGAUAAGACAACAUCGAUAGGAUUCAUUGAUUGGAUGUUUUUUUUCCCCUAGCCCAAGAUCGCUAGUUCCCAUUUUUGUAUUUCUUAAACUAAGCGAUUUUUGUCAAAGCAGGGAAUAGACACAACCUAGUAUAAGAGAUGCAGAAAAUUCAACUAUAAAUUCUUUUUGGCAUUUCUCAGUACCGAAAGAGUACAAAAGGAGCACCAUUUAUGUAAAAUUACACCCCAGCUGGUCGGGGGUCAACCUUUCAGAAUAAAGCUCUGAAGCCCAAAACCACAAGUAUACACUUGUAAGUUAUUGUAAAACCCAUGAAUUCCAUUCCUUUGGAGACGUUUAUUAAAAGCUCAUGACACAUAGUCUUUGGUGAUUUCGCAGAGGUAUGGAUUUUAACCUCCUACUCGGUGAGCUAGGGGGCCAAGCUGACCAUCUAAGACCAGCCAUAUUGCCUAGUUAACAGCUAAAGCCCACGUGUAGAAAAACAGAGACACUGAAAGAAUGAGAACAGUCCUGCUCUAGUGAAUUUAUCCAGAACUUUGCCAUUUAAAAAGUCUAGAUGUCAACAACUUUAAUUUUGGCAUGCAUAAAGUCUUAUUUUUAGGUACAUAUUGGGGAGUUUAUCUCUCCCUUUCUUAGGGUCUCCAGAGGUCCUAAUCCAGCCACACGAGAAGUUCUUUCAUAAACUCAAAGCAUAGUUUUAAGUCCCAUGAAGUCCCACAGAUUGCAAAGGAAUUUUUUGAUAAGAAUUUUUGCUACCAUACAAAUAUGGGCCAUAUAUUGUAUUCACUGGUCUGGUUUGAUGUCGAUCUCAUCUAUCUUAAAGAUUCUCAUCUACUGCCCAAUUAUUCAUCAGAUUUAAACAGCAAAGCAAAAUGGUACCAACAGAAAACCCCAGAAAACAGUAUGAGAAACUUGGCUAGUUGCCUUGAGAAAAUGGGCUUCUAGGCUAUGUGAUUUUGACAUUUCUUCCUCCUGUUUUCCUUGUUCUCUGGGCGCAAGUGGAGUCACCUUGUUUGUUCUGCAGCUAGAAGUAGGAAAUUGUCUAUGCCUAGCUAAGUCUGUUAUGCUCACAUUGAAGCUUAAGGCUUGGGUACCUAUGAAGACCAGCCAGGUUUGCUCUGUCCCCACUGGAACCAGGGGAAGGGGAUGCUGCAUGAUUUAUGCAAACCCUUCACCAGACUACGAAAACAGUGUCAGCACUUCAGGGAUGUUGGCGAGCCCUGGGCUAAAAGUAAAAUCCCUCCUCUUCAGUAGAAGGUACAUUUCUGUCCUAGGAGGUGUAGUGUAGAUGCAAUGUCCAAACAGCUGUAACUUUGCAUCUCUUCCCAAACUACCUCACUGAUGCAGAUUACCAAAGUUUGUGAUGAUUAUGGAAACAGGUUUUGGGUGUGUUCCCUCUGUCUUCUUUUCCUCUGAUAAGACAACAUCAAUAGAAUUUAUUGAUUGGAUGUUUUUUUUCCCCUAGCCCAAGAUUGCUAGUUCCCAUUUUUGUAUUUCUUAAACUAAGCAAUAAAAUGUCUAUUUGUAGUUAGUUCAAGUAGAAUUUAUAUGUAUUUGUAAAGAAGAAAAACAAGGCAACUUCCAGAUAACCACUCCGGUUUCUCCAGGAUGGCAAACACAGAAGCGGCUCUUUUAUAUUUAAAACAAAAGGAUUUCUGUAAUACCUACAUUCUAGUUAUUGUACCUAACCCUUCCUAAACACCUUCAGCUUAGUGCCUUAGUGUUUUAUAUGGAAGGAGGAUGUUUGCAUCAACCCAUAGCCGGCCCCCAGGAUGUUCCUCCAUAGGAGAAUCUGUGAAUUGUGUGUGUUUGGAUCCUGGCCCCAGCAGAGCAGGCCUCUAGCAGUCUCCCCAUGAAGGCUUGUGAUGCUCACCUGGGGGACUGCCGGGUGUCCUCGAGGCCAAGGUGUAGACCUAGAAGGGACUUCAUAGUCUGCCAUUUAUGACUUCUGGCAGAUAAAGCGAUUGAACCUCAGUCAAGUUUAACGUGGACUAGAACUGAUCCCGUGUUUGUAUCACUUUGCCCUAAGGAUCCUCCCUGAAAACCAAAGUGUCAAAACAGAAGAGUAGAAUUAAAAAUGCACUUAGAGCAAGGGAUUUAACAAUUCUGAAGCAAGCUCUGUCUUAGUGGGACUGAGAACGUUUUCCUUUUCUGAGAGCAGCCCCCGCAUUGUUGUUUUUUCCCUCUGGCUAUUGCUAUUUCGGUGAUGUGUCCUGGGCAACGUCCAAGUUUUCACACACGUAGCCACUGGAGCCUUGAGUGUCGGCGCAGCGGAGUGAGACCAGGCGCGCUCCGCGGGGGCGAGUGGCAGGCCCUGCGAGGAGCAGCCCUCUCGGCCACGUGGUCAUUAAUCAGGGCAAAGCCUCCCCUUACUCGGGCAGAGGCACAAAACUUCUGUCACCCCCCUGACCGCCCCAAACCCAGAGUCCGUUCCGGCCCCAGCCUCAUCCAGCUGGUCGUCACAGCUGCUUUUUUAAAAAUAGCUCUUAUAUUCUGGUGAAGAACUAUCUUCAGCUCUCUUGAGAGUAAAGAUAAAUCUGCCGUCCUUGCGUCCCCAGGGGCUGCAUGAUUCUCCCCUCUCCAUUUCCAGAGCAACUCAGUCUUAGGUGUUUGGGGUUGAAUUCCAGACCGUUCGGUGGGCAAAGAACGUAACUGAGCCACUCUGUACUCUCCAGGCUUCUGUUUCAAAUAACCCAUUAGCCUCUGGCCCUCUGCUAACUGGCUGGGUUACCUGGGCUCAGUUCCUGCCUGUGUAAACAGGAGUGAAUGACCUUCAGCGUCCCUUCCAGCUCUUCCUCUGUGUCUCUGCCUGGCCUUUUUCCUGUUGUGAUAAUCACACCUUGUUGGAGAUGUUAGAUUUAUCUGCUGACUUUUCCUUUUCCUCUGCCAUCCCACCUUGUGUUCCUCCAAGACAUGCACUGAGUUCAAAGGACUGUCUCACUUUUUUAGUGUAUCUGUAUAUAUAAAACAUAAACUGCCACUGAGAUUUCUCCAGCAUCACAAUGACCCUUAGUCAUGGUGUUUCUAAGAAAUAAUUUAAUUCUCUAAAUAAAAACAGGCAUUUGUCUAAGAGGCUUCUUCCUUCAUAUCAUCCAAAACUAUGGAAUAACAGUUUAUUACUUGUUACAGUCUUUGUAGGAGAUGGUGAAUUGUUAUAUUUUCUAUAUUGUAUGUGUUGCUGUGUGCUUUUUAAAAAGCCCUCGGUUUGUAAAAUUUCGACCAAUAAAUGCGUUCUAUGCUCAAGUUA